UGCUUCUUGCUUGCUUGGUUUAUACUUGGGUUACGCAUGAGCCUGCCAACUUAGCACGGAUAGAGCCCCUGUUGAAUACACAGUGCAAACAAGUCAAACAUAGCUUUUAAUCUCCGCGGAGGGUAAUACAUCAUAGCCUCCAUUGCACUUAGAUAUACACUUUCUGGCCCUGAGGUGUACACUCUACCAUUUGCGCUCCUGGCUGUUGUUGUGUAGGUUGGGCUCUCUCUUACAGCUGUCAACAAUCGCGAUUGACUUCAUGGCGAGUGCCCAAGAUGGCUCAAUGGAGGAGAUCCUCUGGCGGUCGCCCGCGCACGUCCAAAUGAUGGGAGGUUUUCUCCAUUCCAACAAUAUCUUAUUUUACUUCGCCGAAUCUCCAUUCUUCGAUGCUACGUCUAACAAUGCCUCUCUUGCCAUCCAAGCCAACUACAAUGAAACACUUCGCCAUUUUGUUGAGACUCGGGAGGCCUUCGAAGGUCGCCUGAAGACCAUGCAGGGGUUAGAGUUUGUGGUUGCUUAUGACCCUUUGCAGGCUGCUGCACAAAGCGAGACCAGUUUCGCACAUGAACCAUCUAAUACCUGGGUGAUCCGGAAACAGACGAGACGGAAGCGAGCCGGGCAAGAUGAUGAAGUGGUAGUUCUAUCUACUUACUUCGUAGUGGGAGAUUGCAUUUACAUGGCCCCGUCUGUUGCAAGUGUCGUGGGGAAUAGACUUCUUUCUGCGGUUACAUCACUCACGAGUCUCUUAAAGACUGCAUCGUCACUGCCUAGUUUCACACCGUCACAUGGACACACGUACAUGCCGCCCGUACCCAAACCGACGGAUAGCAGUCAGCCCGGGACUCAAUCUCAGCAAAGCAAGGAGAACACUCCAAUGCCCGACGCGGACUCCACGAAAGCUCUCUUGGUUGGGCCACAAACCGCCAAUGCUGGGGCAGUUUUGCAGGACACGAGGACUUUCGCGGAAUCGUUCAGUCUUCUUGCACGAUAUGGCGAAGAGUUUAUGGAUGAAAAUCCCCUGGUCGGAGAGCCGGGAUCAUUUAUCCUAUCCAAAUCUGGGGAUACAGAUCGAGGGGCUGUUUCCAAACAACCACCGAAUGUUAGCCGCCCAGGGAGCAUCCUUGGAACGCCUCAAGUCAAGGUCGACACGCCUGGCAAAACACCCGAGAAAGGAGCCACUCCGUCGGCCUUCGAUGAUAACAAGGUGCGAAAGAAGAAGGCCAAGAUUGGGAGUUGAAAGAACCAGCCCAAAAAUUCAUGAUACCCUUGUUUUGAUAACCUUAGGAACAUGGUAAUGUACAUUCCAUGGAUCCGUCUACAGUACACUACUGAUGUAAAGAUUGUAAGUAGAGUAGGUAUCAACCCGUAGCUAGGGCGCCGUUUUCCCAAAUCUAGUAAGUGAGCCAAAUUUAAGACCCGCCUGCCUGGGUCGAUGGCAUACGGAGUUGUGGUGGAAGAGAGCGCGACCAGCAAACGUUUCAAUGGUUCCGAUGUAGAGAUGUAACAUAAAAUGAUGAAC